AUGGAAGCGAGGUUAGGAUUGUCGGUGGCUUGCUGCGUGCCCCUGCCCCGGAACUUUGAACUCAGCGCUCAGGAUGAAGGAUUACACUACGGAUACGCCACAGGCAGGAUUUUAUAUGGUAGCCAGCUUGACUUUCUAGCAGGUGUCACGAUAUCUCUACUUGACCCCCAAGUUGCGGAGUCCGACUUCUCGAACCACAGGAGCAUUAUUGGCAAACCUCAACCGAAAGUCCAGCCAGUUCUUCAAUCCCACUCUCCGACAACGCAACACCAACCUCACAGGACCCGCAAGAUGCUUACUCCCCAGAAACCCGACCGCAUGCGGCGUAAGAACCUAACCCUCCUUCCCUUGGCCUCCUAUCUGCAACCUACUGUCGUCCCACCCACAUUCUUCGUAGAAAUUGAUGAAAAUUGCUUAUUCCUUCCCGAACGUGCAGUGAACGCAGAGUCAAACUUCGGCCGAACCCUUCCGAACAUGCAGGACAGUCUACAAUCUAUGCUUUGUGCUCAUUGCUUCACGUGGAUGUUGAUUGUUCAUGCAGCUGUGAGGAGGUUAGGCGAAACGCUUUUGGUUAUUGUUGGCUGUUCUUUCAGAGAAAUCCGCGAAAUUUAUCUCCUCUUCUUCUUUCCCAACAUUUUUUGCAUAGACACCCGUGGACAGCUAUGUAUGCACGACCGUAUUUCCGUUAAGCGCCACUCCGUUCUCAAAACGCGCUGCCUAACACGACACGGCGAAGUUGAAGUCCACUCCUUUCCAAAAGCGUCACCACCUGCAAUCUAUUCAUUCAUUACUGCAGUGGUAUUUCCACCACCCCCAAAGUUCCGAGACAUCUCAGCCAUUCCUUGGAGAUGCAUGACUGCUUCUUUUCCCUAUAGCAUAAAUCCUCCAGCAUAUUUCCUAUGUUUCCUUUCCCUCGGGGCCCUGCGCCACCUUUGCAGUGCCGCAAAUCAGGCGUACCUCUUUAUCGGAAUCUUAAUGGGCCGUCAUAUCAACGCCAUCGAGUCACAGUGGACGAAAUCUGAAACCAUCAAGCCGACUGAGUUACAGCUCAUCAUGCAUACUUUCGCUUCGUUCGCUAACCCAGAUUCUCAGAAGUAUCGCUAACGGCCCCGCGACACAAUUCCGCUAGAAUCGAUCUCCACCUAUAGAUCUAUGUUGCUGUGGGCAUUCUAGACCGGACUUCUGGGGAGUGGCGGAGAUUUGUUGACGGACAACACGGAACUAGAGGACCAAAACUAGACCCUAAGGUGAGGAGAAUGUGCUGAGGGGGCGAGAAAAAGUGGAGUGAAGUAGAGUUAGACCUAAGUUUAUCGGGCUAGUUAGCAUGAGGGAGGUCAUGGACUUGUACGCAUUACGGGAAUAGGAGGAGAGCACCGUUUUAGAGAUUGAUU